GAGUGUGCAGAGGAGAGGGAGGGUUGUAGCGGGGGUUACUGGGCAUGGUGUGCAGGGGAUACCUGUCACCUGGCCAUGUGGUUUGGCCUUAACUUCCAGGAGGCUUCUAGGUUGACUUUCCAGGGGUCAGAGGUGUGUGAGCGUGUGGAGGCCAAGGGGCCACGGCUGGAGUUGCCCUGAACCUGCUGGUCUGGGUCGGGGGUGCGAGCUGCCCGGGCCCCCACAGUUCUUCUGCCUCAGGGACCUCUCCGGCCACCCUCCACUCCAGAUGGCUCCCGGCAGGACCUUCUGCCCCUGCCUGCUGGGAGGGAGCCUGUGCUUCACCCAUUUGUGAGGAAGUCCCAGCCCGGCCAAGGCAGGGGCUCCAGCUGACCCUGGGUCCACGUUGGGUGCCCCCCCAUGCAAAAGGAGUUGGGGGAACUCGUCCCCACAAAGCCUCACGGGCCCGCGAGCGGGGAGGGGCCUGAAGGAGCUGAGGCCCCAGUGCGUCCACUCACAGGGAGGAGGAAGAGGACUGGAUGCCCAGUGAGAACCUGCCUGGCGCCAGGGAGCAGCCUCUGACCCGUCCUGGCGCCCUGACUGACUGGCCACAAGGACAGAGAGUGAAUCUUGCUCAGCCCUUGGGGGAUCAGUCUGCUCGACCAAGGAGCCCCGUGGCACUGGGGGUGGCACCAGUGUCCAGCCUGCCUCGAGGAGGCCCCGGCCAGACCAUGGCAGGAGCCUGCGACAAGGCCCCUGACUUCCUGUCCCCGUCUGGAAACCAGGUGCUGGGGCCUGCCCUGGGCAGCGUGGUCACACUGAAUUGCACAGCCUUGGUGGUCUCAGGACCCCACUGCCCCCUGCCCUCAGUACAGUGGCUGAAAGAUGGGCUACUGCUGAGCAAUGGAAGCCUCUAUGACCUCCAUGAGGACUCCUGGGUCAAGGCCAACUGGUCAGAGGUGCUUGUGUCCAGUGUCCUGGGAAUCAACCUGACCAGAGCCGAGGACUUCGGGACCUUCACCUGCUCCAUCCAGAACGUCAGCUCCUCUUCCUUCACUCUUUGGAGAGCUGGCCUGGCUGGACAUGUGGCCGCGGUGCUGGCCUCUCUCUUGGUCCUGUUGGCCCUGCUCCUGAUGGCGCUGCUGUACGUGAAGUGUCGGCUCAAUGUGCUGCUCUGGUACCAAGAAAAGUAUGGGGAGGUGGAGAUGAACGACGGGAAGCUCUACGACGCCUACAUCUCCUACAGCGACAGCCCUGAGGACCGGAAGUUCGUGAACUUCAUCCUGAAGCCGCAGCUGGAGCGGCACCGUGGCUACAAGCUCUUUCUGGACGACCGCGACCUCCUGCCGCGUGCGGAGCCGUCGGCAGACCUCCUGGUGAACCUGAGCCGCUGCCGGCGACUUGUGGUGGUGUUGUCGGAUGCCUUCCUGGGCCGGGCCUGGUGCAGUCACAGCUUCCGGGAGGGCCUGUGCCGGCUGCUGGAGCUCACGCGCAGACCCAUCUUCAUCACCUUCGAGGGCCAGCGGCGCGACCCCGCGCACCCUGCGCUGCGCUUGCUGCGCCAGCACCGCCACCUGGUGACCCUGCUGCUCUGGAAGCCCGGCUCUGUGACGCCUUCCUCCGAUUUUUGGAAAGAGCUACGGUUGGCGCUGCCACGGAAGGUGCAGUACAGAUCGAUGGAGGGAGACCCCCAGACCCGGCUGCAGGACGACAAGGACCCCAUGCUGAUUGUGCGAGGCCGGCUCCCAGAGGGUCGGACCUUGGACCCUGAGCUGGACCCCGACCCCGAGGGGGACCUGGGUGUGCGAGGGCCUGUCUUUGGGGAGCCACCAGCUCUACCACGUGCAAGUGCGGUCUCGCUUGGAGAGGGCCAAGGCAGUGAAGUGGAUGUGUCAGACCUUGGCUCCCGAAACUACAGUGCCCGAACAGACUUCUACUGCCUGGUAUCGGAGGACGACGUGUAGCCCUGCCCCGUGGAGCAGUAGGGUUGCCAGGGGCGCUGGGGGGCAGGGCUGGGUGUUUUUAAUCUCACACAGCAGGACCUGUCUACUUGUAGUCCUGGGACCUCAGGAAAAGAGAGUGGCCCCAGCCCCAGCUGUCCGCCUCGUGCCAGAAAUAAAGAACUUUUGAAUCCCA